AUGUCGCGCCAGGAGACUUCGUAUAACCGGCGCCGAGCUGGCGGCGCCUGCGUUGCUACUGGGGGGUCCUGUGUCUAUCCCGGGGAUCUGGUAUCGGAUCAUUCCAGAUUGGACAAAGCCAGUCUGGCCAUCCUGCAACGACUGGGUGAAGUUGAGCAGAACCUUGCGGCGCUGAUUAGUGGGAACCAACCAACGACUUUGUUUGCGGGUGAUUAUGUCCUUGAUGCCGACUGGCAAUCAGCUUUCUACGGCGGCCCUGUUGCAAGUUCUGUUAUCGGCAAGUUCUGUGCGGGCUACCUCGCUGAUCAUUUUGGUCGCAAACCGCUCCUGAUUACCGCUCUGCUUGUCUCCUUUGCCGCUAUCACCCUCGAGUUUCUGGCCACCUACAGCGCGAUGUUCUUUGGCGGUAAAUUUCUCAACGGCUUCGCAAUCGGAACAAUUCUUUCCGUCUCUGUAACGUACAUCGGCGAGGUUACUCCCCUUGCACUUCGUGGUAUCCUUACGUGCCUGACGGCCCUCAUGAUGACUCUCGGCCCACUUACGUCUGCUAUCAUCAUUGACAACGCUGGCGAUUUCGAUACUCGAUGGGCGUAUCGUGCUGUAUUUUGCGCUCAAUACGGAUUUGCCGGUAUCUCAGCACUAUUUGUGGGAUUCAUGCCAGAGUCUCCGGUAUGGCUCUUGAGCGUGGGACAAGAAGACAAGGCGGCGAAGUCACUGACGCGACUGGGUUGCGACGGACUCGAUCUCGGUAUACAUUUGGCUCAGAUGAAGAAAAUGCUCCGCGAGGCCAAGGAGGAAGUUGCCAAUGCUACAUAUAAUGACUGCUUCCGCCACUCCAACCUGCGCCGCACAAUUAUCUCCAUCAUGCCUCUUUCGAUCCAGGCUCUCAGGGGCGUCUUUUUCAUCGCCUCAUACGGCACAUACUACAUCCAGCUUGCCGGAUACAGCACGGCGACCAGCUUCAAGCUUCAAAUUGCUCAGCACGGUCUAGCAAUGGCAGGCAACAUAUGCUCUUGGUUCCUCAUCGACCGAAUUGGCCGUCGACCUCUAAUGCUGUGGGGAACUGUAUCCGUGACACUCAUCCUCCUUGUUGCUGCAGGCUUGGCGACCGCGGGGAGCCCAGCUCCAUCAAAGACUCCGUGGGCCUUAUCGUUGCGUACAACUUCGUCUACAAUAUUUCCAUUGGAGCUUCGGCUUACACACUUCUUUGCGAGGUUGCGACGUCACAGUUGCGAAUCAAGACCAUCUCGAUUGGCGUUGCGUUGCAGAAUGUCAUUUAUUGCAUCUGGGCUUUCGUCAUUCCAUAUGUCUUCAACCCGGACCAGGCCAAACCUUCAAGGCAAGACGGGGUUCAUCUUCGGAGCCCUCGGGGUCAUCUGUGCGGUGUAUCUGUGGUUCUACCAGCCCGAGACGGCCAAUCGUAGCUAUGAGGAGCUGGAUGAACUCUUCAGGAAGGGGAUUAGUGUACGCGACUUUGGCAAGUACCAAACCGAGGCAGAGGGGCGGGAUAAAGUUGGUGAGAAGCAGACUUGA